AUGAAAAGGGAAACUUACGAAAGGGAGUUGUAUGAAUAUAUCGAGGAUACCAGAUGUGUUGAGCAGGAAACCGGAGUGAUUGAAAAACUCCACGACAGAGUUAAACGCUUUUCGGGCUUGAGAUUGGUGAAGAGGCUAGGGAUGCAGGAUAUAGUCAUGGACGCACCAGACACCCCCAAACUGUUCGCAUUUGCGAAAACCCAUAAACAAGGGCAGAAGCUAAGAUCUGUUGUUUAUAAAGCUAAAUCUCACACCCGCAAAUUGGAGGCAGCUUUGCAUCACAUCAUCUCACCACAGUUACAAGGAUACCGAUAUACUAUUUCCAGUUCGAAUGAAUUAAUAGAAAUCCUUAAACAUACUGAGCAACCGGCUUACAUAUCAAUCAUGGAUUUCUGUUCAUUAUACCCUUCCAUUGAGAUGCCAUUUUGUUUUUGUGCCAUCAGAGACUUCCUUUUGCAAUACGUGAAUGAUGAACGGUUACACCAACAAAUUCUGGAGUUGGCACACCUGGUAUGCUACUACUCUGUGUUCCAGUUCAAUGGAAUCACUUAUAACCAAGGCAGAGGUGUACCUAUGGGUAGUGCGGUCUCAGGAGAUCUAUGUGAACUUGUCAUCCGACAAUUGGAGGAAGAGAUAAUUCCAAAUUUCUUCAACAGCAUCAUUUUAUACAAGCGUUACGUCAAUGAUGUCAUUAUACUGUGGAGGAAUGACCCUGACAUCAACCUCUUUGUGGAUCAGGUAAACAACCACCCUUAUGGCCUAACUAUCGAGCUGGAACAGCAUAGUGAUUUCACGGUCCACUUUCUGGAUGUGAGCAUUGCAAUUAGAGGGUCUAGCAUAAGCACAUCUAUAUACCGCAAGGAAUCGGACUUCCCAACGUAUAUACCGGCGGACUCGUGCAACCCGAUCGGAUACAGAUUGGCAGCAUUUAGGGCACUUGUCAAAAGAGCACGCAUGCACUGCUCUACACAGAGGGCAUUGGAUAAAGAAAUGAGAUAUCUCCAAAAGGUGGCCAGCCUACAUGGCUUCAACAACAUAAUACAGAGAUUGGCAAGACAAUACAACGCCGGAAUACCACCGUCUGCUGCCACUAAUGGGGAUAGCAUACAACAGGAACAGCGUAUCAUACCGGUCACAUACAACCCGAUCUUAGAUUCCGUGUAUCAUAGAAUCGCGAGACAACAAGGAGUGCGCAUAGCAUACAGAAGAUGCCUGUCUAUUUUUCAUCUUCUACGCAAUGAGAAAGACAAGCCAGAUCAAGACAAACUUCCUGGGAUGUAUGCAGUGCCUCUCACCGACCAUAGAUGUGACAGAGAAUUAGUAUACAUUGGAGCCACGAAAAGGGCAGUUGGGGUAAGAUGGAAGGAACACCGAAAGGACAUUAUACACAACAGAUGUACCACCGCUUUAUCUGUAUAUGCAUCGGAUCUGGAGAUAUCUGCAGACUUCGCGAGGGCCAAACUCCUUAUCACAACAUCACAUGUGGACCAACUCAGAUGGUUAGAACAAAUAGAAAUAUGCAAAGCCUACAACUCAUCAACCCCCAUUAAUUCCAAAGAUGAAAUUACGUUAUCUUUGGCAUGGCAAGCCCUAAUACAGAAAGGAGAUUCAAAUUAA